AUGAAUGCUAAAAAUCAUCUUUAGUUAUAAACACCAAAAUCUCCCUCUUCAUAUAAAAAUUAUACAUUUGAUGCUCUCUAAAAUUUAACUCAAAAAAUUCAUGAGAUUUCAGAAUUUGAGCAUAAAAACUAUUUCUCAACAACGGCUACUCAUUUUAGAAUAAAAAAAGGAAUUUAAUUAGAUAAAACACCCGCUAUGCCUCCUUAAUCUUAAGAAGGCAGUCAAAGAGCUGAGCCUAGAUAUCGACUUGUUAAAACUGCUGGAGAAAAUAUUCGAAGGGUUUUUAAGUCAUCACUGAAGUAACAGAGAGACCAUAAAGAUGAUUAACUGCAAAUUCAAAGUGGAUCAGACUUAAAUUUUAUAACAAUUAGUAAUUUUAAUAAAUAAACAAAUGGAUUUCAAACUAAUAAAAUUGAAAGAUCUCAUGAAUAAAGCAAAAUUAACUUAAAUAGCAAUAACCACUUAAAAAAAAGAAAUAUUUAGAGUAGUUAAAGCUCUCAAAAGAACUUUAAAUUAAACUACACAGGCAAUAAUUUUUUUAAAAGUCCAGCAAGCACGAAUAAAUUUAAUUCUGUUGCUGAAAUAGAUGACUAAAUUCUCGAUCCCACUUCAAUAUAAACUAAAAGCAAAGUAAAAAUACAUGUAUAGAAUCUGAUAUAAAAUCCUCAAUAGUUUUACCAUUUAAAAACAGUGGGUUUUAAAAAUUAUAAAUAUCCACGUCCACCUCAAACAGAUCAAAUGUACUCUCCUGAUUCAAGACACAGAGUACCACUUUAUUUAGUAAAAGAGCCAGUUAAACAAGAUGCUAAUAGUAUAGAAAGUGUAUGUGUGUAAAAAGUUUAAUAAGAUAAAUACAUUUAUUAGAGUCUUUGCGACUCUGUUCACAAUUCUAAAGAAAGAAAUGAGUUUGCUAGUACAUAAUUAUAAAAUAACAACUAUGUGUCUUCUUCUAUGGAGGAAGAUACCAGGGAAAUAGCAAAUAACAGAUCACCCUUUUUUAACAAUCCGUACGGAAAUAUUGAAAACAAACAAGAAAAGAUAAAAAAAUCUUAAAAAUAUGGGAAUAAGCUAUUGUUUGAAAUGGACUAAUACAACAGAAUGGUCAAUUUAUACAACCUAGAGUAAAAAAUAGAACAAAAAAAUAACCAAAUCCAUAGAAAUAUAUUCUCCAGAUGGAAGCAAAGAGAUUCUAAUACCUCCUUAAACUCUCAAAAAAACCAAUUUAUGAGUGAGCAAGUUUCUCCAAAAAACUCCAUUUUAAAGAACCACAACCCAAAUCUAAAAAUUGUGUAAAUUGAUAAAAUAUAAAUGAAUGAAGAGGAAGGAGCAGAUAGAAAUUAGAAACAUAGAUCCUCGAUUCAAGCAGUGAGAAUGAACUAGCAGUCAAAAUCUAAGAAGCUAACAGUAAUUAUAGAAAUGUAUAAUAAGCUUGUUAGAAUAAGUGAAAAACACAGAUAAAAUGGACUUAUGCUUGAAGGAGAGUCACCCUAGAAGUAAAACAAACUAAAGAUUUUAGAAUUAGUUGAUGAGUCAAAAGCCAACAUUUUUAAGAAUUAAUAAUAGAUUUAUUUAGGAGUUUUCGUAUAAAGCUUUGAAAUUCUCUAUCAAAAUAAAAAGUAAAUAACUCAAAGAAUACUCUUAGCUCUUGGGUUAGACCCUGAUAAAGAAUUUAGCUACGUUUCUUUGGAAUAAAUAAUUGCAUUUUAUAGGAUCCUAAUACAUAAAGAUUCAGCAAUAUCAGAGACAAUCAAAUUUUUAGAAAAAUUCUUCAAAGAAAACAAAUAACAAGAGCUAGAAAAAGAAGAAUUCAAAAGAAUUAUAAAACUGCUUUGCUAAUAAGUUGAUGAAAAGAAAUAAGAUUAUCAAAAAAGUGUUUACGAAUAUCUCAUUGAAAAAUUUGAAGAAAGCGGAGUUAUCAAUUUAAUUGAUGAAUAUAUUAGCUUCAAGAAGUUUAAAUAAAUUUUUAUCAGCAAUACUCUUAACAUAUAUGAUAUAAUAGAUCUUAUUUGUGGAAUAAGAGAUUGA